AGCCUGUCGCUGAUCAUCGUCUGCAUCUCGCAUCGACCGGCCGCUGGACCGCCCUCCCCCAGCCAUCUCCAGCCAUCCAGCCAUGUGCUACUGCGGCGGCGAGUCGCUCAGGGACGACGAGCUCAAAUGCGGCACAUGCGGCCAGCUCUUCCAUAAUCACUGCGUGCAAUGUCUUCCUGGUCGUCAGCAACUCCGCGGAGAUUGCUUCUACCAAUUCAGGUGUCGCGCAUGUACAGGCGGAUUGGAAGAAUAUGAGCGACUGAAUAUGAGCUGGGUCCAGAUCGUCUGGCUCAGUAUAUACAACAUCGUCCAGUCCUCUCCCGGGAAAGAGUUUGUGCGUUGGAAAGAGGAUAUUUGCGACUUUAUCGACCGAAACUGGGAUUAUAUGCUGUCAGGCAAAACGAGAACGCCAACUUGGCAGAAUACAGUUGCAAGCGUUUUGUCAACCCAUCCAACACACUUCCUCUCCGGCUUUGAUAAAUACGCACAGUCAGGAUGGUGGACACUUCAACACAUGACGCCCCCGCAACCCGGAACAAACAGAGCACCCAAACGCUCCAAAGGAAUCACGCCGGUCCGCUCAUCCGGAGGAAAGGCGACUUCUAAAAGGUCCCAAAGAACGCAGGCGGAUCAACUCAAGGAGACAAGCAAAUCUUCGGAUGACGACUGGGAAGCCUCACCAAAGCGGCCUCGUCAGCGGAAAAACGCAGCCUCCGGUUCUCGACCGACAAAGGUUUCUGGGCGUGUUGUCUCCCCAGUCCUGUCGGACAUGCAGCGUCCUGUCCCCGUAUCGUCUUCUUCAAGCUCCUCGGAUGACGAACCUGUGCCAGUUUCAAAGCAAGAUGGCGUUGAUCCAAACCAGAACUCAAAACUCGAAGCCAAAAUCGAUGGGAUUGUGGAUGCUAAGAUUAGUUCCAGGUCGCCUCUCCAAAGUUCAGAAGACGUACAAGCCGAGGCCCUGCGGAAACUUGGAUGUAUAGAGAGGGACUCGCUAGUGAUCGAAGCACCCGGCUGCUCGAUACACAAUCAAACGCCAUCUAUUCAUGCUGCGGAUACCUUGCGUUCUGGUGCUAUACCACUGGAGCAUCGACCGAGUCCAUCAGCCGUCUUAUUCAGCGGGGGAUCUUCUCUCUCGGAUAUUACAAACGACAGCGAAGAUUCUUCGGAUACACUUGAGCACCAUCGCGACUUUGCUCGGAUCUCCGACGCCAAGUCCUCGUUUGGGGCCUCUUCAGUCGAGUCAAGAACAGCGAUGCAACCCAGAAAGCGCGGUCGGCCGCGUGUGCACCCGUUACGUGACGAUGCUGAGAAGUCUAGCAAAAGGAAAAAGCAGGGCGAGAGACGACUGCGCGUCAUGGGUCUCAUUGAUGAGUUUCAAAGCAUCCAUCGUUUGGAGGUCGUUAUGGAAUCAGAUACGGCCUCGCGCCGACUGUACAGAAAGCUACGGCUUCGGCGCCUGAAGCGAGCCCAGAAGCUAUCGCUGCUGAAUAUCGAUGCUAUCGUAUCGAAGAGUGUCCGUGAGGAAAGCCAAUUGCAGGCUAUGCCGUGGGUCGAAUCGUUCAGCGCCGUUGAUGGGAAAAUAGUGCCCCCGCCGGCGAUUGAUCCUCACAAAGUUGUAACGCGAAUCAGACACCAGUCUAUUUAUGGCCAAAGCCAUACCCCCUACCAUCGAUCGUUCAUGUCACGACUGCUAGGCAGCGCUGGCGGCCGAGACACUUGGUCGACACAACAAUCGUGGACGAGCUCCUAUACAGGCAAAGCGCUAAAGCCUUUUAUCUGGAGAGACUUUUCGUCUCGGCCAGCAACCAUGCUUUUGUUCCACGAAAUUCUUUCGAAGAGAAGCAGCUAUCAGGGGGAAAUUUGGAAAUGUGUCGAGAAAGACAGCAUCGACUAUGUGUACUUUUCCAGAGAGCACCUGGUGCAGGUCAACAGCAUUUUAUCGGUAAUAUUCUGGCCUGGGAUUGAUGUCUCGGAAAAUCUAACUUGGCCAGACUUUGGUGUGGUUGCCCUCUACAAGCGUCUCGUCGUUGGCUGUGCGCUCAUGACUCCCGAGUUUUACUUGACGUACAUUGCUGUCCGGCCUGGCUGGGAGCAUGCCGGAAUUGGCAGAUUUAUGCUCUAUCAUCUAAUUCAGGCAGCCGGAGGGCGAGACAUCACCCUUCAUGUGUCCGCUGGCAAUCCCGCGAUGCUCCUGUAUCAAAAGUUCGGAUUCAAGCCCGAGGAGUUCAUUGUCAACUUCUACGACCAAUACCUGCCGCCGGAUUCGCGCGAAUGCAAGAACGCGUUCUUUCUGCGCCUGCGCCGCUGAUUGGACGGCGGGCCGGACUGCAGCCGCUGCGCAUGCGCAGACAGAUCCACAGAACCCCGCCAUGGCACAGAACCUCGUCGGUGCAGAAAAACGAGCCGGUCCUUGGGUCUGGGUG